AUGACCAUCCGCAGGAUAGGCCCGCCCGUUCGCGCCAAUGUUGGGGACGAUGAUAUCUUUAUGACCCAGCAUCACACUCGAACCCUUCGUCGUCGUUCAAGUCGCCUAUCAAAAUGGUUGGAGGAGUUACGGGUUGAUUCCCCCACCGUCCAGCGACGAGAUAGCCUCAAUAAUUCCACUGAUGUGGAAAAUGUUGGAACUGAGUGUAAUCCCUACUUAGCGUAUCCUCACCUCAGCCUGGCAACUGUUCGUGGAAGCAUGGAUGAUGCUACCAGCAUGCACGAUUAUGUCGUAGUCGACGACGGCGAUGUGCAAGAAUAUAUUCCUCCUGAGCCCGUGGAUGUAAAGGGAUCACAUGGCCAAUCAGCGCUGGCGGAUACUGCUGGUAAUGGUCAUCAAUCGGCCGUAUGGCUUAAUGCCCCUCCAUCUCGACAUCAAUUCCAUCUAUCAGUUAGAUCUCCUUCACCCGUCGCAUCAUCAGCAUCUCGCAGUCCAUCACGCCUAUCAAUGUUUCAACGCUCCUCUCGUGCCACUUCUAACUCGGAGGCGAGCAAUCCUCAUAACCACAGUCGCUCCUCUAGCAUUCACAUGUCACAUCUUGUAACCGAGACUCGAUCAGACGAACGUUGUACACGUUCAAGCCCUUCAUCGUGGCGGUGGCGACCGAGUGUGUUGGGGCAUUUCGUAUCCCUCUCUGAUGGUGAUACACGCUCAAGUACCCGUGACUCCCCAGGUAGUUCUUCACGUCCCAGCAUGUCCUCAACUACGACAAGUUCCUCGUAUGCAACUCCAUCCACCAAUCUGACGUAUGAGGAAGGAGUAUCGCUUGUCCCCCCUUCGACGCCUCAAAAGUCAGACUUCUUUGGAUCUUUGAGGUCGCGUUCCCAUAAGGCUGUAACCUCUUCACUGUCGCUUUUCUCUACUGAGACAAGCCCAUCAUUUCCGGCGUCAUUCUCGUUACCAGCAUCUGGAGCUCAGCUCUCUCAGCCGCCAGGUUUUCCAAACUCCCUGGCGCGGAAAUCGAGUACAAUUCGAUUACCGUUCUCGUCAAAGUCGAAGGUCUUGAGUGGUGCCCUCCCAAAUAUAUCUGUGGAAGCGCCAGACGCCACACGACCGCGCAUCGUGUACACCGGCAAAAGCCACGCCCCCAGAGUUUCUUUGUCUUCGAUCGCUAGUCAGUCACGAAGCACCAAGAAGAAGUUAGUCAUCGGCGGUAUCGCGCCGAAUGACGUCAAACGUCUUGAGGCGGUUCAAAAGUGGUGCCAGUCAUUUGGCGAAGUGGAUCAAAUCACGAGGAUGCCUAAUGGCGAUCUCCAUGUGAAUUUUCACAAGGCUGAAGUCGCAGAUACUGUGUGUCGUCUGCGUGCCAAAGUCUACAUUGCGGGUGUAGGCAGCGUACAUCUUUCUUGGUAUUCCGGAAAUAAACGACCAUAG